AUGGAGUGGGCCCGACGCUUUUCACAGAAAUCCCUCUUUCUUAAAAUUGAUUCUGCCAAAGCUUAUGAUCGCAUUGAAUGGCCUUUUAUUCUUGCUAUGCUUAAAGCUUUAGGGUUUGGUCCCCAUUUCAUUCAGUCUAUGCAAAUUCUUGUUAGGGAUGCUUAUGCUUACAUUACCAUUAAUGAUCACAAAUCUUCAUCUUUUAGACUUUUCAAGUCCAUUCGCCAAGGUUGUCCUCUAGAACCUUCCUUAUAUGUACUCCCUAUUGAAGGAUUUGGAUAUUUUCUUGCCUCAGCCAUUUCUAUUGGGCGCAUCAAGGGGAUUUCCCUGCCAGAGUCACCUUCUCAGCUUGUUAAUGGCCAUUUCGCAGAUGAUUCUUUUGUCUCUCUUUUAGGAGGAGGAUAA